AUGACCAGACGCGUUCAAACAGACAGAUUGAACAAUCACUCAUUAUUGUUAACAAAUAAGUGUAGUGCUACUCGUCAUGAUGAAAUCCCUUCUGGAAACCCUUUGCAUCAAUUCUCUCUUCCAAACCUUAAAACAAGCCAAUACUCCUCUCAAACAAGUCUCCGUAAUAUGCAGCACAUGCAUGCAGCAGCAGAUCAGUCAUCAAUUUCAUCAUCAUUAGGAGAAAGAGAACCAAUCCCAAAUAAUACUCUUGAAUCAGAAAUAGAUCCAUCCUCAUCAUCCAUACAACACUUUCAUCAAGAAGAAAUGUUCCCACAAUCACACCAUUCCUCAACGACACAAUUAUUUCAACAACAAGAGACUUUGCUUCAGAUGUAUCGGGAUUUAGGUUUGCUUAUGAGUGAUGAAGUCUCUCCUCCUACUAGUUCGUCCUCCCAUCUAAUACAACCACCACCACAUGAACAACAGCCAUCGGCCCUUCUCAGCUAUUUUGGAGUUGACCAUGAGAUGCGACCAACAUUGGAACAACCAAACUCGGAUAUUGUUUUUCUCAACAACAAUGUUGGUGGUGGUGAGGAUGACAACAGUCGUCACCUUCUCAACACUUCAUUUCCGACAUCCCUACUGAAGGGUUCUUCUUCUUCUAAUACUUAUUACAAAAUGGAUGACCCGACAACAUGCAUGGACUCAUCUUUGAGCCUCAUCAGCAUGUUCAGCAAGUCGACAUCGCAAAAAGGCGAUGAAAAGUCCAACUUUGAAAAAUCAGCAGACGACCAUUGUCACUCCACUAGUACCACUUUAACGAACGCCCCAAUCUCGACCAGUCAUCAACCAACAUCUCUUUCUUCUUUUGAUGAAUCGUCAGACGCAAAUUUAAAGAGUUUUGCCCGUCCCUCUCAGUUGCAGUCAUCAUCUUCAAGUCCUUCCAUCACUUCCAACACCACUGCCACUACCAACAACAGCAGCAACCAUGAAGAAGCCUUGAGCCUUCUUGCAUCUGCGGACACUGUUGAAGGGUUCUCCCAUCAACCAUUAUUAUUAUAUGCAGAGAAAAGAAAACACCAACGAAGCUCUUCAUCUCCCAUUGCAUCCUCAUCUUCUUCUUCUUCGCCUCAAUCAAGUCCCCAUUCGAGCCUUCUCAUUUCUUCAAAUUCUUACCCUCAAAUAAUAACUUCUCAGUAUCGAAAAACUCGAAAACCUUCUCCUCUUCUUCUGUCCAAUCAGAAACAACAACAGCAGGAGCAAGACCAAAACAACGAGAUGAUGUUCAUGAAUAAUAACAUGGUGAUCACAAUGAACAACAGCAAUAACAGCAUCAUGAACCCUCAAACUACAUUGGGUGGCAACACCAGCAUGCUCUUUCCCACUCCUCAAGGACUUGUAAAUAUUAGCAACAACAACCACAUGAAUAAUGUGGUCACCAUGAAUCAAAGUAAUUGCAAUAAUUCCACCAAUAUGAUGAUUGAUCCAAUGACACUAGCUUCUGCCUUGUUAUCAGGUCAGAUUAAUCUUUCUUCUCUCAAUGAAGAACAGUUAAAUACUCUCAGGUUAUUGAUCAGCGAUCAACAACCACAACAACAGCUGUCAAGUCAAGCUCAGCAGCAGCAACAAGAAGGGAACUCUAAGAAUGCUCCAAACAUGUUAUUUAUGAAUCAAAACACUCCGGAGCUUGUCACAACAUCCGCAGAAGUCGAUUCGCAUGCACAUGCAAGAAGACACAGCGUGGCCAGUCAAAUGUCUCUCGAUUCGGUCUACUCUUCGAGCUUGGACAAUCAGAAAAUAUUGGGAUCAACCUUAAAAGUUUCCUCGCGACAUCCAAAUAUCAACUUUUUCCAGGAUUCACCAGCAUCGAUACCACCUCCUCAAAACACACCACCACUUCAAAACACCAGUAAUUCUUUUGACCCUGCAAGCAACAUACCAUCCAAUGCAAAUGAAAUUUAUUCAUUAAUUGACAAUGCACUCUCUGGAUGUACUUCUUCCCUUGGGCUGAAGCUAGUGAGUGCUACUGAUAUCUUACAAGACCAUCCUGUAAAUAUGAACAGUUCUUCUCCCGUCAUGCCAACAUGUUCAAGUGGAAGAUCAAGAACACUUUCUUCUCCUGCCAUGUAUUCUCCAAAUCUGUCACCCAAUUCUUCUGCCAUGUCAACCUCGUCAUCUCAAUUCUUGCAAGUUGCAAGCAAUGAUAGUACGAGCCAAAUAUCUCCAGUUUCUCCUCAACAACCAGAGCCAUUUAAUUUUUCCUCCUUCAGGGAACAAUAUCAGCAACAAUUUACUUUUUGCAAGUCAGAAUCUUCAAUCACUGCUCUAAAAGGUAACACUGGAAAGCAAUAUCACCAGCGUCAUUAUUCAACACCUGCAAUCACCAUAACAGAAACAAAACCACGAAGUAGAAAAAAGAGCAUUGCAAAAUCAUCUCCUGCAAGCCCGAUGAUCCACAUUCCUUCAAUUCAAGUUCAGGGAGUUGAAACACCUGCCACCUCAGUUUCCACCGUGACGGCAGCCAUUCCCAAAAGAACGAGACGAAAUUCCCUAUCAUCCAUUGAAAAAGAUAAUUCCUCAGUGAGUUCGCCAUUAACAAAACAGAACAAAAUGCAAAACACUUUAAGCAAAACAAUAGUUUUCAAUAAUUAUUAUGAUGAGAUCCAGUUUAAAAAGAAACAUGGUCCCAAUUGCACCUUCUAUAAAUUUACUGAGUACAAAUAA